AAGGUGUGCUGCGGCUGAGCCGUUGCUUGUUUCUUCCGCUGCGGGCUAGGAGGCGGCCACCCCAGAAACACGGCUUCAGGUCCUGGAGGAACCACAGAGGCUGCUGCAGCGACAUUAACAGUAGUGGUAGUCCCAGCUGCGACUAGGGCAUAGAGCGCAUGCGCUAAUAUGAGAGCCACCUGUGACUGGUGGAGGCCCGGAGGUUGGCGGGCUGCUGGGUGGUUGUGACAGGUGACUUGUACGGCUGCGUUGCCAUAGUGACCACCAUGCUUUGGCAUGUGUGACAGCUGAAGUAGGAGAUCAGCAUGGCUGGACGGGCUGACUACAUUCCCCACGAGAGUGGACUGUGCCCUCCGUUCCCAUGGAGGAUUCUAAAUGCUCAAAUCCUAAAGGGCUCUGAGCAGGGGCUCUAGCAGACCAAGGGCUUGGUACACAGGUCUUUCUUCAAAUAGAAAAAAAAAAAAAGGAGACUAUGGAAGAACCAACCGGGAUGGCAGAAUGGAGAGUGUUUCCUUCCCAGGACUCUGCUGUUUCCCACAAAGAUGACCCAGAAGAAGAGGGCAAUGCUGAUGAGCUCCUGACAGCCUGUCUAGAGAUUGGGGAACCAGACCUGAGGCUAAGGAAUCAACCUUCCAGCAGAACAUUUCUGAAGGAGGCUUAUUCCAGGGAACACUGAUAAAUAGAAUGACAGGGAACAGUCCCUAGGACUCUAUGUUGUAUGAGGCAUGGAGGACUGAGGGCCACUUGGAGAGAUCUCCCAAACAGCAAUAAUGCACAAGAGAAAUUCCAGGGAGGACAUUCCCAAUGAAUGCAGUGAUUUCCAAGGAAGCUUCAGCCUCCAGUCAGCUCCUGUUUCACAGCCAGGGAUCCCUACAUGAAAAAGUCUUGGCACAGGUGACACACAUGUAGGGAGCCUAGGCCCAAAUUUAGACCUGAUUACUUAGCAGGGCUUCUGUAUGGAUAAGAAACCGUGGCAGUGUACCCAACAAGGAAACUCCUUCUGGGACCAUUCCACCUUGUUUGACCUUCAGGAAAGUCACACUAGAGACAAACCCUUUACAUGCAAGGACUGUGGGAAGGCCUUCAACCAGAGCUCUUCACUUACAAAGCAUCAGAGGUCUCACACAGGAGAGAAACCCUUUAAAUGUAGUGAGUGUGGAAAGGCCUUCAGCCAGAGCUCUUCGCUCAGUGAUCACCAGAGAAUCCACACAGGCAAUAAGCCCUAUGAGUGCCAUGAGUGCGGGAAGACCUUCACCAAGAGCACCCACCUCACCCAGCACAUGCGCAUCCACAACGAGGAGAAGCCCUCCGAGUGUGGCGAGUGUGGGAACACUUUCCGCAGAAGCACACACCUGACCCAGUACCACAGGACCCACACGGGAGAGAGGCCCUAUGAGUGCCAGGAGUGCAGGAAGGCCUUUACAGAUGCCUCUUCCCUCAGUCAUCAUAUGCUGAUUCACAGGGGAGAGAAGCCCUAUAAGUGUCCUGACUGUGGGAAAGGCUUCAGCGGCCUCUCAGGACUCGUACAGCAUAAGAGAAUUCACACGGGAGAGAAACCAUACUCCUGUCCCAAGUGCGGGAAGGCCUUCAGCCAGAGCUCAUCCCUGAUCAAACACCUGAGGUUUCACAUGGGGGAAACGCCUUUUCAGUGCAGUGAGUGUGAGAAGGCCUUCAGCCAGAGCUCGUUGCUCAUCCACCACCAGACAGCUCACACGAAGAGAAGCCCUUCUGGUGCAAAGAGUGUGGCAAAGCCUUUGGCCAGGGCAUACACCUGACAAAGCACCUUUGCACCCACAGCGGGGAGAAGCUAUAUGAGUGCAAUGAAUGUGGCAAAGCAUUUACUCAGAGCUCAUCUCUCAUUGACCACCAACGCAUCCACACCAGAGAGAAGCCCUAUGGCUGUUCAGAGUGUGAGAAGGCCUUCAGCAAGAGCUCAUCCCUUAACCAGCAUCUGAGGACUCAUACGGGCGAGAAGCCCUACAAGUGCCACGAGUGUGGGAAGGCCUUCACCAAGAGCAUGCACCUGACCCAGCACAUGCACAUCUACACUGGGGAGAAGCCCUACAAGUGUGGCGAGUGUGGGAAGGCCUUCCACAGAAGCACGCACCUGACCUAGCACCGCAGGACCCACACUGGGAGAGGCCCUACAAAUGUGAUGCAUGUGGCAAGGCCUUCACAGACACCUCGUCCCUCUCUAGGCAUUUCUUUGUCCAUACUGGUGAGAAACCCUACAGAUGUGAUGAAUAUGGAAAAGCCUUUAGUGGCCCCUCAGGGCUCAUUCACCAUCAAAGAACACACACAGGGGAGAAGCCUUAUGAAUGUGUAGAAUGUGGAAAAGCCUUUAGCAGAAGUGCACACCUUAUCGAACAUCGAGGAAUUUACAGUGGAGAGAAACCCCACAAAUGCAAAGAAUGUGGGAAGGCCUUCAGCCAGAGCUCACACCUUACAAAGCACCCAAGGACACACACUGGAGACAAACCUUAUACAUGUAAACAAUGUGAGAAGGCCUUCAGCCGGAAUUCAUCCCUUAUGCAUCAUCAGAAAACUCAUUCCACAGAACAGUCGUAUGAAUGUUGCAAUUCCUUCAGUGAAUCCACAGCCUUGGUUUAGCAGCAGAGUAUUCACUCUGGAGAAAGAGCCUAUAAAUGAAUGGGCGUGCUCAAUGAUGCCGUUGCUUGUAUGAACCACCACCAAGGAACAUUUAACAUCCCUUCUCACCCUGGGAUGUGAUUAAGAAAUGUUGGGGUCCUCCUCUUUGCCUAGGAUUGAAUAGGAUACUGUGGGGGUAAGACACCAUUGCAACUCUAUCUUUCUCUGCUAUAAUUUAGAGGAAAUCCAGGGUUAAAUCUUAUUGGAGCUUUGAAAUCAAAGAUGGGUCUAAGUAUAAAUGUUGAGUAUUAAAAAUAUUGUUUAAAUAUUAACAUAAAACAGAAUUGUGAAUUUUCAUAGCAUGAUGAUCUCAUGUGUUAUUAUUAUUGUUAUUAUUUACUUCUGGGCCUCUAGAAAAGGCCCAAAGUGACAGACACUGGAAGGGGGGGAUACAGCUAGAGUGAUGCUGACAGUGGAUAGGGUUGUGUAGUGUGAAAGGGGCAGUAAGGAAUGCUGAGAACUCUGGAUAGAGGGGAGAGAAAGAGAAAAAUAUUAGAAGGUCAUGUGGGGUCAUCUGGUCUAGAAAUUUUCAAAUGUUUAAAGUUACAUAUUGUUUAGUAACUUUAAAUAUUUGAUAAAUUUUAGAAAAAAAUAUAUUUGGAAUUCUUUGGUUACAUGGCAAAGUUUUAAGUCAGUUAAUACUUAAAUGGGGAUUGUAAUAAGUUCAUUGCUCUAUAUUUGUUCCAUAUCUAAGUGAUAGUCAAAUAGGUGUAUCAACUUUCUUUUAUUCCACAUUUAUUCUUAUUAACUUGAACACAAAGAGAUCAAAUUUCACAUCCAUUAAAAAUCUGCCCUUUGAAUAAAUUCUUCUGUGAUUGAU